AAAUAUUUUGGUAUAUCACAUGCAAUGCAAUACCAAUUUCGUAGCUAAAUUAAGCUAUUUGUUUACAAAUAUUUAGAUUUAAUUUAAGACCACACCAUUAUUUUAACUGAUGCAAUGUCGAAAACUACCGGUCGUGCAUUUGAAAACAAAAAACUAGUUGGAGAGCUUUUUACGCUUACAUAUGGAGCUCUGGUUUCACAAUUGAUUAAAGAUUAUGAAAAAGAUGAAGAAGUAAAUAAACAACUUGAUAAAAUGGGUUACAACAUAGGUGUCAGACUUGUGGAGGAUUUUAUGGCAAGAUCAAAUUUGGGAAAAUGUCAAGAUUUACGAGAAACUGCAGAUGUUAUUGCUAAGGUUGCAUUCAAAAUGUAUUUAAACAUAACUCCUGUUGUGACAAACUGGUCCUUAGCAAAUGAUGAGUUUUCACUUAUACUGGAAAACAAUCCACUGGCUGAAUUUGUGGAGCUACCAGAACGACAUAGUGAUUUAAACUAUGCUAAUGUACUGUGUGGUGCUAUUAGAGGGGCUCUUGAAAUGCUCCAAUUAGAGGUUGAAACUUGGUUUGUAAAAGAUGCUUUGAAAGGAGAUGCAACAACUGAAUUAAGAGUAAAAUUUAUCAAGAAAUUAACCGAUGCCUUGCCUGCUGGGGAAGACUGAAAAUUAAACUGUUUUGAAACUGUUUCAACUUUCAAUAUUAAGACAUACUAACCAAAAGGCCUAAAGUAUAUGCCCUAAAUGCACCAAGAACCAUAAUGGCCAACUCAGGCCUAAAGCAUAAGGCCCUUGUAUGCCUUUAAUUUACCAUCUUAAAUUAGAGAUUAAAGAAGAUAUACAUUUCAGUAAUUAUAUUUUACUGCUGAAAGAUUUAAAGGCUUAGUUGUUCUUGUUUUAGUUUUGAACAUAUUUUAGUUUUGUGCAAUAAAAAUGACAUAAUAUGAAA